AUGGGCAGAGACUGGUCUAUUCUGGCAGUCAAGCUGAAUCUGACCGAUCAGGUCCCUGAGGUAGACUCCACAGGGCAGUCUCUGUCGCGAACAGAUCAACUUCUAGCCGAAUGGGCUAUUCAGCAGCCUGAGCACGCUACCGUAGGUCGAUUGUGUGAGAUCUUGGCCGAGUUGGGCAGAUCGGACGCAAGGGAUACUCUUUAUCGCACUGUACCCUUGUACCUGUUUGCUCCCUUGGAUGAUGCCGUCCAUCCAGCGGAUUGCGGCGAUUCCGGCGUUGUCUCGUCCUGUCACUCCACCGGCGAUCCUAGGACAAGUUCCAUUUCAUGA